UUUGUUUUCAUUUUCUAUUCCACAACGAAUGUUUUUAUUUGUGAACGUCGGUUGGUGACUCAUAAAUUUAAUUAUUUUCAAAAGAUAGAUUAACUCAAAUAUGUUUAACAAUAUAUUUGGAAAAAAGCCAACUGUUAAGGAACAGCAAAGGGACAAUGACAAAAAUCUACGUAAAGCAACUCGCGAUAUAGAGCGUGAACGCCGAAAACUAGAUGAGGAGGAACGUAAACUGCAACAAGAAAUAAAGAAGGCUGCGGCUCAGGGCAAUAAUGAUGUAUGCCGCAUAUUAGCGAAACAACUUGUGGAAAUACGAAAACAAAAGGCUCGCACAUUUGCAGCAACCAGUAAAAUUACAUCGAUUGGUUAUCAAAAUAAAAAUAUAGGAACAAAUAUAGUACUUGCUGAUGCCAUGGGUACAACUGCCAAAACAAUGGGCGACAUGAACAAGGUGAUGCGCCCUGAAGGUAUUGCUGCUAAUCUGCGAGAUUUCCAAAAGGCAAAUAUGCAUAUGGAAAUGACAGAUGAGAUGAUAAAUGACACCUUAGAUGACAUGCUGAACGAAUCGGGCGAUGAAGAAGAAAGUGAUGCGAUUGUUAAUAAGGUUUUGGAUGAAAUUGGUAUUGAAAUAUCAGGUAAAAUGGCAAACAUUCCAUCGACCGGUUCCGGAGACUUGGAAAAAAGUGCACGCACCGAAAAGGACAUUGAAGCGCAAUUGGCCAAAUUACGAUCCUCUUAAACAUCGCUGUUACCUAUCUAUAAGUUAGAUUUUAUAUAUAAAUAUUUUAUUAUCAUGUGGAAAUUAAAUAAAAUGCUUUCAAUUAA